AUGGCUAAAGGUAAAAGAAUUUGUGAUCAAUGUGGUAAUAAAUUUGCAACACCCCGCAAACUUCGUGAUCAUCUAAAAAGAAAGUUUAAAUGCAAACCAAAGCCUAUUCAAAUACCAAUACAACCUUUUACCACGCAGGUCAAAGACCAAGUAGUUGUUCAAGAGGGGGAUUCAGAAGCAAGCCCAGGCCCAGCAACCCAAGUCUAUAGAGAAGAAAUAUCCUCUGAGCAGAAUAAAGUCCAAGAGAAUGAUAUAGUAUUUGUGGAAAAAAGUUAUGACCUGGCCAGACCACAUAAAAAUCUCAAAAAUAUGUCUGUAUGGGAGGGAAAGAUUCCAGCAGGCAAUAAUCCAGCAUAUCUCUACAAAAAGAAUCAAAUAAAAAUAUCAUUAGUUAUAGAAAGCACAUACACAAAAUAUAAAUAUAAAGGAGAAGGCGAUGUUACAGACAAAGCGAAUUAUGAACUUA